CCGGCGACGGGGCUGGGACAGGGCGGCGCCGCCUCCCCUGCCACCCGGCUGCCUGAGGGGCCGGGGCGCCGCCGUUGCCCGCCCGCCUCUUCCCGGCGCGGCGCUGCGCGGCUCCGCCCGCCGCCGCGGGCCCGGCCAGAGGAGGAGCCUCCGUCCGGCAGCGACGGGCCCGGGCUGCAGGCAGGGGAGGGGGAGAGCCAUGUCCCUGGCGGAGCGGCGGCAGCAGGAGGAAGCGGAGGGGGAAGGGGAUGGGGCCGGCGCGGGGGAGGAGGUGGUGCAGAUCCGGCUGGGGGACAAGUGCUACCCGGUGUGCAAGAGGAAGCUCAUCGAGCAAAGCGACUACUUCCGCGCCCUGUACCGCUCGGGCAUGCGGGAGGCAGGGCAAGGCCAGGAGGAGCAGCUACUGCGUGGGGGGCUGAGUGCUCUGGGGCUGGAGCUGGUGCUGGACUUCAUCAACACCUCCUGCCUGGCCAGGCUGGAGCAGGAGGAGGGGGGUGAUGAGGAGCCCCCUUUGUUGGAGGAGCUAGUGGAGGCCGCUUCCUACCUGCAGGUCAUGCCCUUGCUCCGCCUGCUCCUCUCCCAGGUGAGGCUGGGCAAUUGCUUGGAGCUGCACCGCCUGGCUCAGGUCUACGGUCUCCAGGACCUGCACGAUGCGUGUCUAGACUUCAUGGCUGCCCAUUACCAUCAGGUGCUGCGGAGGCCUGAUGCUCGGCCACAUCUCCUUCUGCCCCAUGCUCUCCAGCAACACUUGAAGGAGAGGCGGAUGAAGGGCACUGCCACCCUUGUGGCCAUCGGGGACUUCAUGGGCGCCUCCUCCCUGGGCCUGCCUCCGGGCUGUCACCCUCAGGUGGAAGCUCCCUGGUCAAUGCUGAGGUAUGAUGAGGAAGCCCAGAGGUGGCUGCCCCUGGCCAACAACAUGCCCCCUGAUCUGGUGAACGUCCGAGGCUAUGGGUCAGCGAUGCUCGACAACUAUCUGUUCAUUGUCGGGGGUUACCGGAUUACCAGCCAGGAGAUUUCGGCUGCCCAUUGUUACAACCCUUGCCUAAACGAAUGGAGUCAGCUGGCUUCAAUGAACCAGAAGAGGUCCAAUUUUAAGCUUUUGGCUGUAAAUGGAAAGCUCUAUGCCAUCGGUGGUCAAUCCCUUUCCAAUGUGGAGUGUUACAACCCAGAACAUGACUGGUGGAAUUUCGUAGCAUCCAUGCCAAACCCUCUUGCAGAAUUCUCAGCUUGUGAGUGCAAGGGCAAGAUCUAUGUUAUCGGAGGAUACACGACACGAGACAGAAAUAUGAACAUUUUGCAGUACUGUCCCACUUCUGAUUCCUGGACCAACUUUGAACUGUGUGAUGUCCAUGUUCGCAAACAACAGAUGCUCUCUGUUGAAGAAACUAUAUACCUGGUUGGGGGCUGUAUUCAUGAACUUGGACCAAACCAAAAAUCCAGCCAAAGUGAGGAUGUGUUAGCUGUUCAGUCUUACAACAUUGCUACCAAAGAAUGGCUCUACCUCAAGGAGAACACAUCAAAAUCAGGUCUUAACUUGACUUGCACUCUCCACAAUGAUGGAGUUUAUAUAAUGAGUAGGGAUAUUACAUUAUCUACAAGCUUGGAGCACCAGGUUUUUCUUAAGUAUAAUAUAUUUACAGACAGUUGGGAGUCACUGAGACGCUUUCCAGCCUUUGGACAAAACAUGCUGAUCUGUUCUAUGUAUUUGCCUGAUGUACGAGAAGUGUAACUGCAUCAGGUUUUCCUUCUUAAGUCAUUAAUCAUUGUUGUAAGAAAUAUUGCUCCCUAUAAAUAAUUCCAAUUUCAGAAUGUAGUAUGGUUGCAUAAUGUAGGCAUAAAAUAUUGAUUCUGUUCUUAAAAAAAUGUUGCAAAAUCAAGUAUUCAGAGAAAUGCUUCCAGAACCAUUUUUAAGAUUACAAUUUUAAAAUGUUAUUGUUUUGGAUUUAAAUGCCACCAAGAAUUGUUGGCAAUCUACAUAUAACGUUAUCGUGUUGGUAACUGAUAAUGGACUUCCGCAAGCAAAACUGAUCAUUCUAGUUUUAGUCUCCAUCUUAAUAGACAGUUUAGAAGAUAAAUAAAAAGUAUGCAUAGUAAAAGUGAAGAUAAUUUAAUAAAGUAAAUAAUUAUAAACCUAAGAGAAACCACAAAGGGCAUGAAUUAUUUUAAGACACAGUUUUUACUCAGUGUGUCCUGUUAAAUGCACAAUAUUUAAGAUGGUUUGUACUCUUACAGUAUUAUCUCUUCUAUAGAAACAGGUGAGAUUUUUCAGAGAUGUCAGCAAUUGGGUACCACUGAGAAACAUAAAUUCCCCUGAGUUAUUUGUGAUGAAAUGCUUUGGCAGGAGUUGGGAGGAUUUGCCUAGAGGUUGAAGAUUGCUGGUUGGGUAUUAGCUGAUCCUUUAAUGGAAGUUGAUAGCAUUUAUUCCUGCCAUUAAGGCAGAACUAAAAAGGCUGUAAAUUCAGAUGGGAAAGUUUGCUUAUCUUCAGAAAGGUUUUGUGGUUUAGUUAGUUGUCCUGUUAUAUUUUGAACUACUGAGCACUGAAGAUCAAAUUAGAGAAACAAGGAAGCAGAUGUUGGCAACAAGAUACAUGUUAGGAAACUGUGUGAGCCACCACCGCAGUUGCAUAGGCAGGCUCUGCACCAGGCACAUCCAGCUUGAUAUAAGUCAUCUGGGGCAAAAUGGGAGACAGAAUUGCUUGGUAUGGAAGGAACACAGCAGGGAUGCUGGUUCUACACCAGCAGUUUCUCCACGUGAGAAAACAGAGAUUUAAUUCUCCCAAACAAGCUCCUACAUGGAGAUGCCUUUUUUAGCUGGGGAUUCAGGAAUCAGAGUGUAUGUGUAAGUGUUCAUUCUCUUGGAAACAUAAUGCCCUGAGCAGCUGCUGUAUUAUGACAGUGGUAUAAGACCAAGCAAUGACACUUCUGCAAUGAAGAAACAAGAUUGCUUUCAUAAGAAUCUUAAGUGAUAUAUUUUUAAAUGUUUUAUUUCAGAACUGUUUUAGAGUAAAUGUUAGCAGUGUGCCUCUGUCUGAUGAUAAAUUAAUCCCCAUCACAUUAUGUUACUUGCUUCCCUUCAUUUUUUUUCAGUACCGGAUUCAGUACUCUGCAGUCAUCUAAAACUCACCUCAGAUUGGUAUUGGUAGAGAGACUCGCAUCUGAGUUGCAGCCUUCCCUUGUGUAGCAAAUUAACUGCGAAAAGGUGUCACUCCCAGAUUUGCAGAGUGAUGUAUCUAAUCAACUCCUCUAAAACCCAGUAAUUUCUUAGCACAGGUAGCAUUGCAAAAACUAUGACAUGGUGUUUUAAGUAUCAUCAUUCUUUUCACAAGAGCCCCUUCCACACUGGGUUUAUGUAUGUGUUGUUUUCAGCUUCCUAUGAUCAAAUGACUGCUUUGAAAAUCUGGAGAACGUGUGCAAAUGUAGAGGAGAAAGACAGCUCACGCUGUAAAUAACAGGUGAGGUUUUGGUAUCCUUACAUCAAUCCAUGGUGCAAAUUCAUCCGUACUGACACCUUCUACAAUCACAGAUCAAAAUAGUUGUUGAAUUCAGUGGUAGUACCAGGCUGUAAUAAUGCUAAGUGGACUGUAUUACAACAAGCUGAAAUAGAUAUUAAAUUAAAAAAAAAAUUAUGGAGAAGUAUGCAGUGUGGGUGGCCCUCCACUCCUCAGGAAAAAAAAAUUGUAAUGACUGUCCCAUACCCUUCUCAUUUUCUUACCAUUACUUUAAUAUUUCAUGUAAGGCACUCUUGAGCAGCUUCUGGGCAAGGAAGACUGGUUGAGAUUCCCUAAUAGUAAGUAAUUUAAAAAUUGCUUCUUAGCUAAUGGAAAUGUUGUUCAAUGAUCCAAUAUGCUCUUUCUUCUCUGUUAUUGGGAAAGAAGUCCUAAAUUAAAGACAAAUAAGCUUGCUUUGAAUGACAGCAAUAUAAAUCUCAAGUUAUGAGCCUUGUACUUUGAUUGACUGGAAAUUCCUGAAUGUUAAUCCUGGUCCUACUUUUUACUUACUGUGUGGCCGUCGAGUGAUAACUCAACUUUCUUGCAUCUGCAUCCCCAAAUGUAAUAUGUGGGUAGAUAUAUUGAUCCUGUGGGGGCACAAGUUGUUUAUUUGGUGUAGCAGAGUUUGUAAAGUGUUUUGAACAUCAGAAGUAGUAUAUAUAUUUAUAUGCUCACUGUUGUAAUUCUUUACCUGGUUAUUAAAACUGCUUCUUGAAAGGUGUCAGGAUAGAAGGCAGCAAGUAAUCACAUUUUGGUCUCUGUUAAUUGCCUUCACUGCAAACUGAUCUCUACUUCCAGUCUGUUUUCUUUUUUUUUUUUUGGGGGGGGGGGGGGCAUAUAAUAGCCUACAGUUUGUCUAAGUUUCUUUGUGUUCUCAAGUCUGUAUCCAAAUUCAGAACUGCUGCUUUCCUGCUGCAUCUGGAAUAUCCAGUGUUUACAUAUCCCCUUUUCAUCUUCUCUGUCUCAUGGACUGAUUCCACUAGAUAAUGACCAGUAAAAGCUGAAUAUGGUAGAAGAUGAUCUGAAGUUGCAAGCAGAAGGAACAACAGCCUCUAAAGUCUUGAGGGAGGAGUAAAUGGAAAACUGUGGGAACUUUAGUCCCUUCCCACAAAAUAGAGAAGCUUUUAAAAAGGUUGCUCAGAUCAAGGCUAAGAGAGAACAUAACAGUUUCUUCCUUUCCGGGAAUGGUUUGUGGUUUUCAAUGUGAAAUAAGAGUUGUGUGGGGCUUAAGUUUAGUCUCUCUGGCCAGUUUCCAUAUGUUUCCCUUUCUGCCCUGUCAGUUGACCUUUCCUGGGCUUAAUGUCUGUGUUUUCCAUUCUUUGAGGUUUUUGUCUUGCUACAUCAAUAUCCAGCUUGUUUUGUCAAAAUUGCAUGGUACCAGUUUGUUGGUCUUUUCUAUUUGUUAAUCUGCUUUUCACAGUGAUCUAUCUAUCAAUCACAGUGAUGAAAGACUGAAGUAAUUUGUAAUUCAGGUAGAACGUUUUCAUUUAUUUAAUUCUGAGCUCUUGGAAGAGAAGUCUACAAGGCUACAAAUGUGUUUUGUUUCAUUUAAUCCUUAUUUUAGUGUGAAAAGAUGCUACAGAUAUUCCGAGUUUGUGGGAAUUGAUCUGCGUCAGUAAUGUGAGAGAGAACAGAAGGCACAGAGUGUACGACAACAUUUAGCACGUAACAUGCUCAAAGCCCUUGCACAAACAGAGAUUAAUCAUCCCUAUCGUCCCUGUAAGGUAAAAUAUACAUUGUAAAUGGUGUUAAACCAGAGAUGAUUCUUGGGGUACCUCUCAGUAUUACCAAUGAAUUUUUAAGCAAUUACCAAGAAUCCUUUUCAGAGAGCAGAAACCUGCAGCAUCCAUGGUAGGUUUUAUUGAUUUUGCAUUUGCAGUGAUGACCAAAGGGUGGCACCCCAUACCCACAGUAAGUCUUAGGAACCAAAACAAAAGCUGUAAGGUACAGAGAGUUUCAACAUCUUUCUCCACUAUAUUGACACUGAGUAUGUUUUCUAUCUAAUCUGUUUGGAACCUGUGUCAGUGUAAUUUGUGUCUUUUUUUCCUAAAAAGGAGAGUGAUGUUUGGAAAAGGAGUAUGGAUUUCAUGAACUUUUAAAAUUGGUAUGCCAGUUAUAUGUGGUAUAUGGAUUUUUUUAUCUAAGACUAUUGACAUUAUCAGUAAAUAAGUGUUAUGUGUUAUGUGUGUCCUCUGAGUAUGUUUUCUAUCUAAUCUGUUUGGAACCUGUGUCAGUGUAAUUUGUGUCUUUUUUUCCUAAAAAGGAGAGUGAUGUUUGGAAAAGGAGUAUGGAUUUCAUGAACUUUUAAAAUUGGUAUGCCAGUUAUAUGUGGUAUAUGGAUUUUUUUAUCUAAGACUGUUGACAUUAUCAGUAAAUAAGUGUUAUGUGUUA